AAUGGUUUGUGUUUAUUAAAUGGCUUGAUGACAACAAGCUAGUGAUGAAAUGGCCGACCUGAAUCAAAGCCUAAAGGAUUACUUGUCUAGAGCCCAGAAAAAAGACACCGUUGGUGUAUCCGACUCGACAUCCCGCUACUUCACUGGAUGGUUCGACAAAGAAAGUGUGUCGGAAGAAAAAGUGGGAGGGGAAUCAUCGAAUGGGUGGUUUACAGACGCUCAAAAAGACCCCUUGCUUCCGAGCUUGAGUAAAAAGCAAAGAAUCAUUGGGUUUAUAAUGUGCUUACUGAUGGGAACAUUUUGCUUUAGUCUGGCAAUGCUAUAUAUUCCAAUGCUGAUUCUGAAGGCCAGAAAAUUUGCAAUGCUUUAUACACUUGGCAGUUUUUUUGUAAUCGCAAGUUUUGCAUUCCUUUGGGGACCUUGGAACCAUAUGAAACAUUUGUUUUCUAUGGAAAGGCUGCCUUUCACAGCUACUUAUUUUGGAGCAAUGUUUGCCACUAUCUACUUUUCUAUAUGGGUGCAGAGCACAAUUCUGACGGUUGCAUGUGCAGCAGCUCAAGUAUUUGCACUAGUAUGGUAUAUUGUCAGUUACAUUCCAGGAGGGCAGACAGGCCUGAAGUUUUUCUCCAAUAUCUUUUAUGCUGCUGCUUCUAAGACUGUGGCUAAAGCAUUGCCUGUUUAACAGUUUAAGAUCUGGUGUUAAAUAAACCAAUACAAGGAAGAGUAGGGGUCAGAGAAAGAGGAAGUGUGCUUGUGUGUGUUGGAUUACAUGUCAAGCCAGAGCUUAUCAGAACACCUGGUUGUAAUUGUGAUGAUAUAAAUUCAGAUUCAUUUCAAAACCACUUUAUGACAUUAUGAUAUCUGGAUAUGUGCAAAGAGCAUAAAUGAACAGCUAUUUGAAUGUCGAUGCAGAUUUUUUUUUUUUUGUUUUAUAUAUUUUUUAAUAUAUUUUCUUUUAUAUCAUUUUGUUGUGUCUGUCUAGUUGUUAUGUCUUCAUCAGAAUCUGUGCUAAGGGGAUGUGGGGCCUUGGGCAAAUAGAAUUGCAGGGCCUAUAGAGGCUGGCACAACAUACAUAGCAGGGCAAUAAAAAAUUAUGGAUUAUCUCAUCCCGACAGUGCACUUGUUAGUGUUGGGGCCCCAUCAGGUGUGGGAACUUGGACGGUCAUGCCUGCUUGCCUUCCCAUAGCGCCAGCACUGUCUUUGUGGAUGUAUCCUCUGUUCAUUUUGAAUUAUAUUUGCAUGUGUUUUUGUACAGCACUUUGAAUCUACCAUUAAAAUGGAGAAAUGUGCUA